AUGUCUAAGCAGCCGGCGACGGACCAGUGGCUGCUGCAGUUCCUCACGUACGAGGACUACCUGGACUCGCUGGUGACGGCGCACGACCUGCUGUACCUGCGCUCCAGAGAGGCGGCCCGAACCAUCGCGGAACUGGGAUACAGGAAUCCCAACACUCUGUCGCGGGAGCAGUUCGAGCACCGGCGGCGCGCGGCCGCGCUCUUCCAGACGCCGGCGCUGCUGGAGCAGCGCGACUGCUCCAUGCUGGCCGGGCCCAUCUCCGACCCGCUGCUCGUCGCGCUCGCCGAUCGCGAGAGGGCCAACCGCCGCGGGGACCUCGCUACGAUCAUCUUCAUACGGCUGGUGGACCGCGCGGGCCACCAGGUGUCCGGCUACGUGGACUUCGCCCACCGCAUCGCCUCAGAGAGUUGGCUGCGCAUCUUCAGCGGCGCCAAGAAGCUGUGGCCGCGCUGCACCGACCUGGGAUACUUCAACUGGCACACGCGCGUUACCAAGACCAAUUCCUCGCCCAACUUCACGGCGAUCACGGAGCCGCGCGAGGGCCUGAUGUACGAGCACACGGGCGACCACAAGCUGGUGCGCGUGGGCGCGCGCUCCUCCACGUCGCCGGGCGGCCGCCAGCACACGGUGCGCACCUCGGUCAGCUCGCCGCAGUUCCUGCAGGCCGUGCUCUACGACCACCCCGUGCGACGGCGCAGCUGA